AUGGCCGGAGGUGUCAUUGUUCCGAGCGAUGGCCCUGCCACGGACUACGGCGGAGGCCUGACGCUCUCGGUGUUCAUGACCUGCCUUGUGGCUGCCUCCGGCGGCCUCAUCUUCGGCUACGACAUCGGCAUCUCAGGCGGCGUCUCCGAGAUGGAGCCGUUCCUGCGGCGCUUCUUCCCGCGCGUCCUGGAGCGGAUGGCGGCGUCGGCCAAGGGCAACGAGUACUGCCUCUACGACAGCCAGACGCUGACGGCCUUCACGUCGUCGCUGUACGUGGCCGGGCUGUUCGCGUCGCUCGUGGCCAGCCGCGUGACCAGGGCCAUGGGCAGGCAGGCCGUCAUGCUCAUGGGCGGCGCCCUCUUCUUCGCCGGCGGCGCCGUCACUGGUGGCGCCGUCAACAUCGCCAUGCUCAUCGUCGGCCGCAUGCCGCUCGGCUUCGGCGUCGGGUUCACCAACCAGGUCAGUUUCAGUGUCCGCCUCCGCCCUGCCGCACCAUCCGGCAAUGCGUCACGCGCAUGUGCGCCAGAGAGCGAACCGUCCAAAGUCUCCGGCUGA